UUCAGUUAGCAAUUUGAAAUAUUAUGAAGAUUUGAAAUUAACGUUUGUAUUGAGUUUUAAAAGUCUUAAAUAAGAAAAAAAAUUAAUUAUUCUUAAUUUUCUAACUCUUCUUAUAAUUUUGAUUUUGAAAAUUAAGAUGUAUUCAACAAGAUAUGUGGCUGGUCCGCAAUCAGCAAGUCGCAAAUCGAGAUUGGAAGGCAAGCCGUCAUUGUUACCAAAACCGCGGCGGACUGGUUCGACGGAGCCCGAGAUUCGCCGGCCGAGUGGAGCGGGUCAUCGUUCCAGCAGUGCGGAGCCUCCUAGGGCUACAUUUGGUGGUCGCCUAAGCAGAGAACCUUCGGCUACAAACUUACCUCCUAGUAGUUCAAGGUCUAAAUCGCAGCAAAGUGAAAUGAGAUAUGGAGGCAGCCACUACAUGUCAACACCAUUGCACUCAAAUCAUAAUGCACGAACAACUAACACACCUUUGGAAUUCAGAUUACCAGCAAGUGAAUUGAAGCAUGGAGUGACACCAUUGCGUUAUAGUCACAAUUUGACUACCACACCCAGGAGAACAGGAGGAGAUGAAUCCUCAGGCCGCAGCUGGGAGCAAGCGCUAGAUCGUGUUUUAGCAUUUGUCACAGUGAAGGAUCAGAGGCCGCUAUCAAACGCGGGCUGGCAGCGGGCAGCAGCGGCUCGCGUGGGCGAAGCCCUAGCGUUGCGUGCGGCCGACGGCGGCAAAUCGCUGGCGCUGCUGCGACCGCUCACCAUCGCACGCUUUGUGGACAUAGUAGCUGACUUGCUCGGAGCGCUUUAUACCAACCCCACGCUUAACACUGACAACUAUGUCACCAGGUUGCCGCACAUAACAAAGCGUCUGCUGUACCCGGGCACGGUGUCCAAGUCCUGGCUGCGCACUGUGAACACGCUGCACGCCUUCCCGCACGCCCUCGCCCUCAUCGCAUACCUCCUCGACCUUAUACAUUUCUGUGAAAGUCCAAUAGAGGAAGAGUUGAUAUAUCUAGCUAAAGAUGAUUUUGCCCGACUCAAACAAGAUUUUAUUUUCCGUAGCUGGCAAAGGUUCCAGAUGCCGGAGUAUCAGUUUGAUGAUUUAGCCGAGGAAUAUUUACAGAAUCUAAAAAUACUUCUUGGUAAUGAUGAUGAGAAGAUACAAGAGUUAGAAAGAACAGUAAAGAAACAGGAGAGCUCGCUGGAGGACGAGACGGAGGCGGCUGCUCGGGCAGACGUGUGCCGGCGCGAGGAGCGCGUGGGCUCGCUGCGCGGUGCGGUGCGUGCCGAGCGUGCGGGCGCGCUGCACGCCGCCAACGCAGCUGACGAGGGCCGCGCCGCCGCGCAUCGCCUGCUCGCCGCACUCACUGACAUCGACGCUGAGGUUGAGCGCGCACUUGCGGAGAGCCAGCGUCUGAGCGAGGAGGUGUCAGCGCAGAGCAUGUCAGUGUCGGAGCGCGCUCAGCUGCUGGAGCAGGUCGACUAUGCAUUCCGUGUGCACGACUCCAAGACUGCACUCGCGGAACACAUCACUAAGAUGUUGGUGAGCAAGGAGACGGAGCUGGCGGGAUGGCAGAAGCGUACAUUGGACAGCUGCGUGCAGUACAAGCAGGCGCUCAUACAUCUCGCGCCGCACUGCCCCGACCUCGCCGCAUACACUAUAGAUGAGAACGAGCUGAUGAGCGCGUCGUGCGCAGAGAAGAUAUCGUCGUGCGUGUGCGUGCUGAAGGAGCGCGCGGCGGAGCUGGGCCGCGAGCGCGCUCAGCGCACCGCCGCACGCGCAGCCAACAAGCGACACGCGCAGAGACAACUUGAACUGACUCGCGCUAAGAUAGAGGAGCUGAACGCGCAGAUAGAGUGCGAGCAGAGGGCACUGGAGGAGGAGAUGGAGAAGGAGAGGGCGGAGGCUGCAGGCGCGGCGGCCGAGCUGGCGGCGCUGCGGGAGCAGGCGGCGGGGCUGCAGGAGGCACAGGCACAGCACAAGCACGCAGACACAGAGCUGCAGUUCUGGCAGCAGCAGGAUGUCGAAUGGCGCAGCAAGCUGUCGUCCCUGCAGGAGUACGUGGUGAGCAAGCGCACGGAGGUGCAGCACGCGCUGGAGGAGGCGACACGACGCCGCGCUCAGCUCCUGCUGCACAACAUACGACUGCUGAACGACAAACUGCCGCAAUGAUUUCAACCCACGUAGUUCAGAACCAGAGACAAGACAAGAGUUUGUUCCAUAUUAAGUUGGUAUAAUCUUUUAAAUUUGAUUAUGUUCAGUUUGUGGAUAGAAUUAAGCCAGUUUUUUUAAUAAA